AUGCUCACAAUGGCUUCAUCUUUAUCUUCUUCUGCUGCCAUCCAUGUCAUCCUCCUCUUGGUAACCCUUUUCUCAGUUUCCUGUGUACCAUUACCACAUGAACCCACAACCAAACCAAAACCCUAUAUCUUGCCAAUUAAGAAAGACCCAGCAACACACUUGUUCUACACCACAAUUGGCUUAGGAACACCCCAACAAAACACAGAUCUAGUCAUUGAUCUUGGUGGAGAAAACCUCUGGCAUGACUGCAGCAGAAAACACUACAAUUCUUCCUCCAACCAUAAAGUGGUUUGUGAGUCAAAGAAAUGCCCCAAAGGCGGCGCAUGCAUGGGCACUGGCUGCGUUGGCCCUUACAAACCAGGUUGUGCAAUCAACGAUUGUGCUAUCACAAUGGACAACCCAUUUUCUCAAUUCACAACCAUCGAUUCAAUGGUCGAGGACGUCAUAUCCUUGUCUCACACUUACGUACCUGGCUUUCUUGCUGGCUGCGUUGACGUGGAUGAUGGCAUCUAUGGCAAUGCUUUACAAGGUUUACCCAAAAGUACCAAAGGGAUCGUAGGCUUUUCUCGGUCAAAACUUUCAUUUCCAUCACAAUUUGUUUUGGCAAAUAAGCUUCUUCCCAUGUUCUCUCUCUGCUUCCCUUCUUCACAUAACUUGAAAGGAUUUGGUAACAUCUUCAUUGGAGCAGCUUCUGGUGGACAUCCUCAAGAUGAAUCCAAGUUUCUCCAAACCACCACACUUGUUGUCAACCCCGUUGCCACUGGUGCAGUGUCUAUAUAUGGUGCCCCUUCCAUCGAAUACUUCAUUCACGUGAGAUCAAUAAAGAUUGGUGGCCAUGUUGUCAAAUUAAACCCUUCUCUAUUGUCCAUUGACAAAAAGGGUAAUGGGGGUACCAAAAUUAGCACCCUGACUCCAUGGACUAAGUUACAUAGUUCUCUCUACAAACCCUUUGUGCAAGAUUUUGUCAACAAGGCUGAAGGAAGAAGAAUGAAGAGAGUGACAUCAGUGGCACCGUUUGAUGCAUGCUUCGAUUCAAGCACCAUUGAGAAUUCUGGGACUGGUCCAGUUGUGCCAAUUAUUGAUCUGGUGCUACCGGGGGGAGUGCAGUGGACUAUUUAUGGAGCCAAUUCCAUGGUAGUGGCAGGCAAAAAUGUUGCCUGUCUUGCAUUUGUUGAUGGAGGGAUGAAACCAAAAUUAUUCUCUGUUGAAGCCUCUAUUGUUAUUGGGGGGCAUCAGUUAGAAGACAAUCUUUUGGUCAUUGACAUGGCUUCCUCAAGAUUAAGCUUUAGCUCCUCUCUUUUGCUCCGGAACGCAACUUGUUCCCAUGUUUGA